AUGGGAAAUGCCACGCCCUGCCGUGCGAUCCAGGACACUGAGACCAUCGAAGCAGCUGAUGAUGCUACCAGCUGCGGGGUUUGUGUGCAUGAGUACUUGUUUCCUAUGUAUGUGGUGAAGGUCUCCGACUUUUUGCAGAUGCGAGGACCACCUGAGCCACACCAUGUCCUGAAGGAGAAAGGACUGCUACAUGAAUGGCGAAUCGGAAUGUUUGCUGUCUUUAUUUCUCACCAAUGGUUGGCCACGACCGCCCCGGACCCCUCGGGCCAUCAACUGGCUGUGCUACGUCAAGUGCUGGAACGGCUGAUUGACAAGUCGUUGAAGGUAGAGACAGAUAUGAGUAGAAUGAUGGAUAUGGGACGUUCCACCAGCUAUGAGAAGAUUGAACAUGGAUAUCUCUUCUUAGAUUGGUUUGCCAUCCCGCAGAUCACUGCAAGGACCGAUGGCAUCAACGAAGAUACCACAAGGUCAGAUGCAGCUCGAGCGGUGCAGAGUAUUCCAGCCUAUGUGGAGGCAUGCGAUUUGUUUUUGGCCCUUGUCCCGGAGCUUGCUCACACCAUCACAGGCCUUGAAUGCAACUAUGCGACCUGGCUCCAGAGAGGCUGGUGCAGGUGUGAACUCUGGUGUCGCUUGUUGUCCAACCGCGAGGACACGAGUGUCAUCGUGAUUUUUUCUGACCGGGAAGCCUUGUACAUCUUUCCCUUGGACUGGCAGAGGAAUUUGAUCUCAGAUGGUUUGUUCACGGUGGAGAGCGAUCGGGCGGGGGUAGUGAAGCUUGGUGAGAUGGCCUUGCGCAGCAAGAUUCAGCACCUGCGUCAGUGGGGGCCACUUUCCCAGUACCGAUUUUAUUUGGCCUGCAGGCCCAGGCUGCUGAACCGGAAAAGUCCAGAUUACGACCUGGAAGGCUUCUUGCGCCAUUUUGAUUUCCCAAAUGUGGAGGCUGCCGUCAAAGAAGAGGGUGGCAUGACUGGGAUGCUUUGUGCCGUCUUCUCCGGUGACCGGAAUAUGCUGCAUUUACUUGUGGAGCGACGAGCUGAUGCCAACGGCAAGGCCUUUGGUUUAGCGGAUCUCGGGUACUACGACACCCAGACACUGCUAAUGGCUGCUGCGAAGAGUUGCCAGGAAGCCAAGGUGUUGUCAACCCUGAUGAUCUUGCGGGCAGAUCCCAACCUGCAUUCCAGAGCUGGGCUCACCCCUGCUUGGUUAGCUCAAAGCCCUGAGCAUGUGCACACAUUGCUGGAGCAUAGGGCUGAUAUAGUGAAUGUUAAAAUUCCACCUUUGCUCGGUGCUGGGGGGCGAGCAUCACCCGAAACAGUCAAGGCCCUCCUGGAAAGCAGAUGUGACCCCACUACCAAUGCCACCGAUGGGUUCGGGGUCUUGCAUGCGGUGCCACUGUUUGGACGCGCAAACCCAAACGCUUAUCAAAGCAUACAUCUACUCCUCUCCUUUCGAGCGGAUGUCAACCUCCCUACAGACCCCGAAGGGGUGAUGUAUUGGGAAUGUUUACGGGCACAGGUCUACACUGCACUGUGGGGCCUUCAUAGUAGCAACUAUCAACGGACUAUGGCAAGCAUGCCAGGGGCCACACCUUUGGCAGUUGCUGCCAUGAUGGGAGACAAGAAAUUGGUUCAGACCCUCCUGGACAAGGAUGCUGACGUGGAAAUUCCCAACAAUCGCGGGCAUACCCCUGAGGACCUUGCGAGGGAGGCGGGCCACACUCAUUUGCUGCCCAUUCUUUGUACUUUCGCAGUAUGACACCAUGCCUUGCAAGGAAUGCAGGCGUCACCCCUGAGGGGUUUGAAGGUGAAGCCAACUGGGCAACCCAAGGCGAUG